AUGGGCAAUUUGGUCAUCCCCGGUGAGACGGCACUCUGUGGUCGAGUGUACAAGGAAUGGUUGGCACAUAAUCGGCUCGAUGACACGGCUCCGGAAGCUGUCAACCUCGUUCCUGUCGGCCUACGAAAUGUUCGAAAUGUCUGUUUUUUGAAUGCAAUCCUACAAUGUCUAUACUAUACCCCAAUGCUGCGGAGAAGCCUUGCCCUUGCUUUUGAAAGUGCCGUGGUGAAGGACGAGUGGCUAGUGGCGUUGCGCCAACUUUUCAAAGAACUUGAUUCAGCACGCUCCUCGAAAGCUUGUGUGGCGGCGACUCAGAUGGCGUCGUUGAUGCAGUCAGCAUCAACAAAUGGCGAGUUUCAACACGGCGAACAAGCAGAUGCCCAUGAGGCAUUCGUAUUAAUAAUCUCCAAGCUGCUGGAAGGCUGCAUCUCUGCGAAAGGUCUUUCCAUUUCAGAGAAGGAGCAGCUAGAGCAAAGCAGCCUGAUAGGUCACAUCUUCGGAAUGAUGUUGAAUCAGUCCGUGAGGUGCAAGACUUGUAAUGACAUGUCCUCCGCCAGCCGAGCGGAAUAUUGCUUCUGCGUUACCUGCCCGUCAUUUGGCGAGGGAAUGAGAACGCGAGACCGAAAGAACGUUGUAGACGUCAAGGACCUCCUGCUGAGCUACACCACGGAAGAGCACAUCAGCGAAUGGAAGUGUGAAAAGUGUUCUCGCAAGGGGUGUGUGAGGCAGGCGGGCAUUGCCCGGCCUCCAAACAUAUUGCUGGUUCAUAUCAGUCGGCUUCAGCAAGGAUGGACCCCACAAGUCAUAGUCGACAAAGAUCUCACCAUACAAUACGAUGGAAACCCGGCAAAAGCACGUCGGAAGGUUCGCUAUCUGCUCUUUGCAAUGAUAGUGUACCGCUCCAUGGGGGCAAAUGGUGGCCACUACUUUGCUUUCGUCAGGGCCGGUCGAGGUCAGCAUGAACAGUGGUACUUGGCAGAUGAUGACGAAAUCAGAUCCGUCUCAUUCUCCGACGUCCAGAGAGAGGAACCCUUCAUGCUUCUCUAUGAGGCGCAGAAGCUCUUUCCACCUGUGGAAACAGAUGCUGAACGGAAGCUGCUGGAAGCAGAGCAGGUUCAGGCCGCCGCAGUGAAAGCCGAGGUGAAAGCUCGUAGCGCCCAACCCACUGGGCUGCUGGUUGAGCAAGCUCGGGCUCCUGUUCUCCACACUGAGGUGGAGGAUGCUUCGACCAGAAAUGAGAUGGAGGAGGCAGCCACGAAGAUGCUUGAGACAGAGGAUGCAUACACGCCCGGGACGGACAUGUCAUCCACUACUGCCGGUUCCGAGGGCAGGUCACGCCUGGACGAGCACGUUUUCGUGAGAGCUCAACCAGAUCGCGAACGCAGCGUAGACUUUGAGAGGUGGUCGUUAUUCAGUUCCUGCCGGUGCAGUUUGCCGUACACAGAGUACACCGAAGGCUUUGAAGAUGAUCGGCUGCAUUGCAUGUGA